UGAGGUAUUGGGUGGAUGAGAGCCGGGGAUGCGUCUCCAAGUACGCACGGUGUGAGGGGAACUUCAAGCUUAUGGCAAAAACGUGGAAGACCAGCUCCGAGCCAAGAAAUCGAAUAUGUGACAAACAUCGACAGAGUGUGUGACAAGCGACCAACACAAGACCUCACGUUCAGUAUUAAAGACUCAUCUGAAGUAUCACUUUGAACCUGACUGACUGUGAUCCCAUAAUGCCACUGAUUGUAUUCCCCACCUCCCAGCUGCUAUGGGUGCGAGUAGCCGCCCUGCUGUUCACCUGCGUGGCGUUCAGCGUGGCGGCGCACGGAGCCUAUCUGCCACACGGCGGCAUGGCGGACUGGUGCAUCUUCUGCUGGGCGUUCAGCUUCGCCUGCACCCUGCUGGUCCUGCUGGUGGAGCAGUUCGGCCUCCAGGCGAGAGCCCCAGUGUCCUGGACCAACUUCCCCAUCACUAUCGCCUGCUACGCCGCCCUCCUCUGCCUCUCUGCCUCCAUCAUCUUCCCAGUUUUUUUCCUCAAGGACCAGCGGUAUGGCGACGCUCGCGACUACCGCAUUGUCUCCACCGUCUUCUCCUGCCUGGCAGCCGUAGCCUACAUGGGCGAGGUGAGCCUGACCAAAGCCAGGCCAGGAGAGGUGGCGGGCUACAUGGCUACGGCUCCGGGCCUGUUGAAGGUUUGCCAGACCUUUGUCGCUUGUGUUAUCUUCAUCCUGGUCAGCGACCCCAUUGAGUACGACCGCCAUCCAGCUCUCAAGUGGUGCAUGGCGGUGUACUGCAUCUGCUUCAUCCUCUCCAUGGCCGUGGUGGUGCUGUGCGUGGGCGAGUGCACCGGCUGCCUCCCCAUCCCCUUCUCUAAGUUCCUGUCAUUUUACGGGCUCCUGGCGGUUAUCAUGUACUUGACAGCUACCAUUAUCUGGCCCGUGUUCCAGUUUGAUAAACAGUACCGCAGAGGCCAAGCGCCGCCAAAACUGAUCGCUGCCACGGUGCUCACUGCCCUCAACUUCCUGCUUUACCUCGCUGACCUGGCCUACACUGCCAGACUCGUGUUUGUCACUGCCUGACAAGGGAAGAGACACGAGAAACACGAGGAAGAAAAAACAUAAAGAUGCUAAAAGCUUAAGUGGAUUGGUGUAGCUGCUGCUGAAUUUCUGACAAAAAAAUCUUCCUUUUUGGUGUAAAAAUGUCCUGUUAAUAGUAGGAAAGCCCCCGAAAAUAAAAGAAAACGAAUUUACAGAUUGUACAUGUUUGAAUAUUACCAGAUAUCUACAAUGACAGUAUUUAACCUUUAAUGUGAAAUGACCCGUGCUAAAUGUGCAACACAAGAUGUAAAAGUGGGAUUUUACAUGAUAAAAUGACAAAAACAAAUGAAUCUGUUAAUCUGUUGAAAUCCAAUGAAGUCAACACACUGGAGCAGCAGAAGUGAAGGGAGAAGAAAAUGUGUUUACUGUAUCUGAGACAUACGGGCACUCUGAGCCCGCUGAGGAAGCCUCUAGUGCUCAUUACAACCUCACUAAGCUUUGUUCCAUAUCCGUCUCAUUAUCUGUUGUUAAUAAGGGUUUGUCUUUAUCAAAAGUAUCAGUACUGGCACGUUUGAAAGAAUGUCAUUUGAGCAAAUAAAGAGUAUACU